AUGGUUGGAUUGCCUGGCGAGCCGAGCACUUCUGCUACGACGACCUCGGACGCCCAAUCACCGACGCUCGAAAACAUGGAUACUGCAAAUGAUGCAAGCAUGCUGUCGUGUGAUGAGAUUGUCGAGAUCGAUCCGGAUGGAGAUCUACUGCUUUAUACGAAACCAGACCCAGGACUUGGAGGGCGUUUUAGAUUCCGUGUGUGUUCAGCGGCGCUCCGUCGUCACUCGCCAGUCUGGAAAGCGAUGUUGUUCGGACCCUGGAAGGAAUCAAAGCCGGCAGACGACAGCGAAUGGGCGGUUGAGUUUCCCGAGGAUCUCGCCUACGAAUUCCAGAUUGUGCUCAACAUCAUACAUGGCUUGGUCGAUCGAGUGCCGUCGUCUCUUGAUAUUGAUACUUUCUUCAAACUUCUCAUCCUCGUCAACAAAUACGACAUAGCUCAUAUCAUGAAGCCUUGGUGUACAACAUGGGAAACACCAGCCCUGAGCAGCCUUGUGGGACAUGAUGUACUCAAAGGCUUAUAUAUCGCAAGGGAGCUGGGGUACAAAGAUCUUUUUAUCUUCAGACUAGCACAGAUUGCAGUUAAUACCUGGGUUGAAGGAGAUUUUUUGGUUUUCAGGGAUUCCUCUAUCAUGGAUCUUGAUGGAAUCAUCCUCCAAGAUGAGGAUGAUCUUGGUCCGACGGAUGUUUUAGAUGUGAUCUGUAACAUUCGGAAAGCGGUGAUUGAAAAGAUGGUUGCGCCUCUCAAUGAAGAUCUGGAAGCUCUAGUGAAUUCGACUCCCCGUUGCACCUUUAAGAGUGAUCAUCACACAAGAACCAGACGCCUAUGUGAUGCUGCAGUUCUCGGAAGUAUUCAUCGCGGUAUGAUACAACGAAGAGGUAGCAUACUUCCGAGGGAAAGCUCCUGUAUCACCGAGAGCGUUGUACAUCUGGCGUCUGAGUUGUUCCCUAUGAUGGAUGAAAUCCAGACCAUUGAGUUCCAUUCUACAAAGUGCUCCUUGAAAGACAAGUACAGGAAGCACAACAGCACGCUACAUGACAGCGUCAUCACAAUUGCCCGAGAGUUUCUGACGCCUAGACAUCUGGUAUACAUGGCAUUACAAAGAUCAAAGACUGGGUUGGAAAAUCAGUGCGCACAUAGUACGGAACGAUACUGGUAG